GACGAUGGCUGCGGCGUGGCCGGGCGCGGCGCGCGCGGCGCUGUGCGCGGUGGGCGUGGCGCUGUCGCUGUACGCGCUGCACGUGGAGCGCGCGCACGCCCGCGACCCCGCCUACCGCGCCGCGUGCGACCUGGCGCCCGCCGUCUCCUGCACGCGCGUGUUCGCCUCGCGGUGGGGCCGCGGCCUGGGGCUGGUGGAGCUGCUGCUGGGCAGGGAGAGCUUUGCCAACCUCCCCAACAGCGCCCUCGGGGUCCUCUUCUACCUGCUGCAGGGGCUGCUGGGGGCGCUGCCAGGCCGGGGGGCAGCAGCCCUGCUGCUGGGCAGCUCUGUGGCCUCGCUGCUGGCCUCGGCCUGGCUGGCAGCCAUCUUGGCCUUCGGCCUGCGGGACCUCUGCGUCGUCUGCCUCGGCAGCUACCUCCUGAACGGCCUCCUGCUGGCCCUCAACUGGCAGCGCUGGCGGCGCCUGCCGCGCCCCAAGGCCCUCUGA